GGAAACCUAUGGUUACGGGGGAAAAUAACUUUUCGUUUCACACUUUUCGUGAUGAUGACCUUUAUUUUUUAUGGAAGAUUUGUUUUGAUGAAGUUGGUCUGGAGAACUUCUUUGGUGAUUUUGAUAUCGGCUCGAUUUUUAGCUACGGAUUUAUCAUCGUUUUUUUUUUUUAUUUCACGUAAGGCGCGGACGCUUCGUUAACGUAGGGGUGCGACGGCGAGGGGUCUUAGACAAAGAAAAUCGGCGCUCGGUCCCCGCGUGUGAGAAGAAGAAGAAGAAGAAGAAGAAGAAGAUACCCGCCGACGAUAAAAGCUAAAAAUCCCCGUCCGACAUCCGCGCCGCCGAGAGAGGGAAUCACGGACGUCGACCAAGAUUUACUGAGGCACCUUAUGGACGCCGCAGUAUUCAUCUCUCGCGUCUCCGCAACGCAGCCACGGAAGCUCUGCACUCCCUCACGCCGUAGACCAUCUCUCUCUCUCUCUCUUCCUCUUUCCCAUUCCCUCCUUCGCUCCCCUCCCUUCCCCUCCCCUCGCCCUUCCCCGCCCCUCCCUCCUCCUGCAGGAGCGAGCGAGUGAGAGAGUUGAGGAACCUUGUCUUAGUACACUGGUGGACUCGCGCGUGGCAGGACGUGGGUGCCCGAGUACAGGUCCCGAACACACUCGCCCUUCCACGUGGGGAACAAGUGCCUCUGCCUCGUGGGGUGCCAUGUGACGGGCCUCCUUCUCCGCCCUCCUAAGUGACUCUCUGGUGCGACUCUUGGAUUUUGGUGACGGACUGAAAACGCGAGUGGAUAGUCGGGGGGACUUCGCUAUAUGCUGCGUCGUCCUGUCGGGAGUGCGAAUACUCACUGUUCCUCUCGCAGACCCUCCACCGCGACGCCAUGGGGACCCCAGUGCCUACCGAAACGAAGGACAACAGUGCCACCGACACCGGAAGUGCCUCCGUUGAUGGACACGGUGACGGGCAGCGCGGGAUGACCUGGUGCCCCCCGGCCUCCCCUCCGCCGCUGGGACCGGCGACGUCUUCUCCGCCCGCCCACCAGUCCUCCUCCUCCAGCCUCUCGGACACUCUCAGCUCCUCCCUCAGUUCGCUCUCGAGGGUCCAGGCGGCCUUCCCCCUGCUGCAGUCCCUGCCGUUCCUUCCCUCCGUGGCCGGGAAGCCGUCGGCGCCCCUUGGUGUGGACCCCCGCGUGAUGGGGAUGCUGCAGAGCUACGGGUCCCUGGGGCAGCUGCCGUGGGCCGCCCUGAGCGCCAGCGGCGACCUGGCCCUCAACCGCCUGCUCCUGACCCCCGGAGGCCGCCUGAGCCGCCCCAAGAAGCGCUACAUCUGCAAGUAUUGUCAGCGGGAGUUUACCAAGAGUUACAACUUGCUGAUCCACGAGCGAACCCACACGGACGAGCGCCCCUUCCCGUGCGACAUCUGCGGCAAGGCCUUCAGGAGGCAGGACCACCUCCGCGACCA